GAUUGAUUGUGAGUCUUAUCUGACCCGUUUGUAAGAAGCUUUCUUUUCACACGAGAGUUGCAACCAUGAUGGGAACAAUGCAAAAAGAGACUGUUCCGUCUGUACAAGUUUUUGGACGGAAAAAAACAGCCACAGCUGUGGCAUAUUGUAAACGUGGAACUGGGCUUAUCAAAGUGAAUGGACGACCAUUGGAGACUUUGGAACCUCAGAUUCUUAGGUACAAGCUUCAAGAACCAGUUUUGCUACUUGGGAAGGAAAGGUUUUCUGGGGUAGACAUAAGAGUUCGUGUCAAGGGAGGAGGUCAUAUAGCUCAGAUCUAUGCAAUAAGACAAGCCAUCUCUAAAGCCCUUGUUGCGUAUUAUCAGAAAUAUGUUGAUGAAGCUUCAAAGAAAGAGAUUAAAGACAUUCUGAUCCAGUAUGACAGAACUUUAUUAGUGGCUGAUCCACGUCGUUGUGAGCCAAAGAAGUUCGGUGGACCAGGAGCCAGGGCUCGUUACCAGAAAUCUUACCGAUAAAAUCAAAUGUUUAUUAUCUUAAGGUAUAUUUGUAACUUCAGUCGAGCCUUAAUAAACAUUUGCUAACAGUGGGA